AUGUCAUUUUCCCGCCGUUUUACUUUUUUUGACAAAGUUCAAUUAGAUAUUGAGAAAAAUGAACGCGCUUUUCAGGAGCUUCCAGUAACUUGUGUAAGCAGCGGAGGCGGCUACUUGUGGAUUGGUGAUGCUGACGGUUUUAUGCAUUGCCUUGAUUCCACAUUUUCCUUUGUCUCUUUUCGCGCCCACUGUCGUGGUCCAGUGCGUCUUUGUCGCCAAGUACCCGGAGCAGAAUCUCGCCUUCUAGUAACCAUUGGACGCUCAAGUGUUGAAACGGGCAGGGUCGCCGAGGAACGAUUGUGUGUCUGGAACGUCAAUAAAUGGCCUUUAACAUCAAAAUCAUCCUCCCCUUUAUGUUAUCGAAGUAUCAAAACCGUUCUCCCUGGAGGUGGUAGCGAUUUUGGUGAGGUUUCAGCCCUUGAGGUGUCUUCCACUUUGGAUAUCGUUGUGCUAGGACAUGUGAGCGGCACAGUUCAGCUCAUUAAAGGAGACAUUACUUCAGAUCGACAUACGAAACGAAUUAUCCUGUACGACUUUAAGAGCCCAGUGACUUGUUUACAUUACUUGCCAGCGAGCACUUCACAGCCUCUUAACAAGAAAAGUCAGGUUAGUGAAUUCUUGAGAGGAACGACCGGCCGUGGUUCAGACUUUGGUUUGGCUGAAAUUCUGGACAAUGGUUCCGUCUCUUCUGGUCAAAAUAUAUACACCAGUUCGUCUACGAAUGCUUAUCUCUAUGCAGCGUCUGAGAGUAAAUUGAUUGGUAUGAAGCUGGGAAAGAAGGAUGAACUUAUACAAUCUACGGUAUUGGAUUCUUUCGGUUGUCAACCAAACUGCUCUUGCAUUGUCACAAAUCCCGAGAAACCCAAUCAAAAAGGCCUCGCUAUGGCUCACAAAGAGGCCGUAUAUUUCUAUGAUACUGACGGGCGAGGUCCAUGUCUUGCCAUUGAAGGUGCAAAGCGGGCGAUAUGUGUCUACAAAAAUUAUAUUGUCUCAAUUCGUCACAACAAACCUGGAGCUUGUAACCUUAGCUUUCCAGAUCCCCAAUCGUCAGUGUCCCUCUUUGAGUACCGGAAUAAAUUUUUUGGUGGAGAUUUCGUCAUUCCUUGGGCACAUUCUAUCAUAACUGGCCUCGGAGGUCUUUUUAUUCUCUGUGUAGAAGAUAGCUCUAAAGUGAAGUUAGUAGAACUGAUUGAAAAGGACACCCAGUUCAUGCUUGAUACCCUGUUUGCCAGGAAGUGCUUUAAUCUCGCUCUUGGAAUAGCCGAGUCUGGCAAAUACAGUGAAGAGGAGCUGGCUCAUAUCCACAGAAGAUAUGCUGAUCAUCUAUUUAAUCAAAAGCAAUAUGAUUUGGCUGUGAAGGAAUACAUUCAAACGAUCGGAACUGUCGAAGCUUCUUACGUUGUCUUGAGAUUCCUUGAGAGCGGCUUGAUCAACCACCUUACUCAUUACUUGGAAGCUCUGCACAAACCCGAAAAUGUCAGUUGCGGCUCUCUUACCAAAGAUCACACUGCCCUUCUUCUCAACAGUUACGCUCGUCUUGAUGACAAGGAAAGAAUCGAUGAAUUUCUAGAGAAACUGGCAGGUCGGCCGAAUGUUGGAAAGGAAUUCGACGCCUGCAUCAAUGUGCUUCGUCGAGCGGGUUAUCCACACCAGGCUCUUCGGUUGGCCCAAAUCACUGGCAAUCGUGGCGAUUGUAUCACCAUUUUGACGGAGGAUUUGCAGGAUGCUCCUGUAGCCCUUAAGGAAAUUCGAUCCCUACCGUUUGAACAGGCACUGGAAGCUGUCUGUUCUCAUGGGGCUUUCUUGAUGCAAAAUGCGCCAUUAGAAACUGCUGAACUGCUAGAUGGACUUUGUUCGAACUCCGGUGGGCGGAUUACUGCCCAGCAUUUCAUCAAAAUAUUCGUCAAAAAUAGAGUUGGACUGAUGAAAUUCCUCGAAAGGUCAAUUGAGAAAAGCACUUUGAAAGAUACCUCACUGGCAAACAUGGUGGAGACACUGUUGGAACUUAUGCUCCAUGAAGCCAGCUCUAUCGCCAAAGAUCCUUUUAUUCAAAACAAGGAUGCUGAAAUCUCCCAUCUGCAUUCCCUUAUUAUGCGUCUACUUGAAGAUCCAAAUAGUACUUAUGAUGAGGGUAAAGCACUGGUGCUUUGCAAGCAACGGGACUUUAUUCCGGGUUGUCUGUACAUUUGGAUGAAGAAUAAACAAUUUGACCAAAUCAUGGAGCAUUACGUGUUGAAUAAUGAUUUUGAGGCUAUCAUGAGAGCUUGUGAGGAAUAUGGAGACGAAGUUCCUUCUCUCUGGUUUGAAGCCUUCAAGUACGUCUCCGACAAACCUCAACUUGGAGACAAGCUUCCACGUAUUCUCUCGGAGGUCGAGUCUCGUAAUCUGGCUUUUCCACUGGCCAUCAUUCAAUUUCUGACAUCCCCUGACAAGGACAAGUGUCACAGCCUCGGCAAUGUCAGGGCCUAUUUACUGAGUUAUCUGGAGUCGGGAAAGGAGAGGGUGGAAGCAAACGAAGCCAAAAUGCAACGCCUACGAGAGGAAACUCUGAAAAAUCGGGAAAUUGCUAGACAGAGCAAAAUCAGAGUAAAGAUAUUCCAGCAGCAGAAGUGCGCAGUUUGCAAUCAGCCCUUGGAGCCACCAUCGGUACAUUUUCUUUGUGAUCACUCCUACCAUAAAUCUUGCUAUGAUACCUACUCUUCCGAUGACCAUCUCUGCCCUGAAUGUGCUCCGCUUAUUCGACGCAACUUGCUCGAGGUGAACAAGGGAGCAAUAGAGUCCUCCUCGAUAGACUCAGUGAAGCUGUUGGACGAACUUGAGCAUACUCUCAGCUUGGAGAACGUGGAUCUUUCUACAGCCAUUGGUACAGCAAUAGCUCAAGGAACCACUGCUGGAAGUCGCUCGACUCUGCCGACCACAUUUCCUUCGCCUGCUGUCGCUCCAAGCAAUCCAUUUGACGAUCCACCUCCGAAGAAAGUAUCGAAUCUUGCCGAUUCAGGUCUCGGUGGAAGUCUUUCAAGUGGGUUCGGGCAGCCUGUAAAUCGAUCCAUUCCUUCUACUGCAUCUUCCUCGAUUAGGAAACCUUAUCAGCCUUCCAAGAAUCCUUUUGGUGACGACAAUGACGAGGAGGUGACUGAGAAGGACACGAAAGAAAGUGGAGCCUAUCCAGAACAUCUUAAUCCCUUCUGA